AUGAAGUCAAUGUAUGAGGAUUAUAAGUUGCAAUAUGCUAGUAGUUCACCUGUUGUAGUUGCUCCUUCUCCUCCUAGUACUUCCGGAGCUAGAAACUACUUUAAUGAUUAUGACCAUUUUGUCGGUACUAGUGCAAGGUCUCAAGUAGGGAAGUCACAACUUGAGAUGUACCUAGAUGAUGAUGCUUUAGAUAUUUUGGAGUUUUGGCAGCAAAGUUAUGUGAGGUAUCCAGUGGUAUCUAAGAUGGCACGGGAUUUGUUGACUAUUCCUGUAAGUACUGUAGCUUCGGAGUCUGCUUUUAGUAUUGGAGGAAAAACUGUUUCGGCAUCGCGAAGUUCAUUACAGUCAAAAACAAUUCAAGCUUUAGUAUGUAUGCAAGAUUGGCAUCGUGAAAGCAAUCAAGUAGAGGUUGAUAGUAAACUUGAAGAUGAAAUCAUUGAAGAAGAAGAGGAUGAUGAUGCAGACCCUUUUUGCUAG